UGUACAGACUUUUAAUACUGAGACUAUGGAUCUGAAAGCAAUGUGCGUAGACGAACUUGUUGUUUUUUUAUCUUCCAAAGGAAUUUCUAAAGAAAUUUGCGAACAACUGGAAGAAAAUGCUAUUGACGGUCAGACCUUAGGAGCGUUGAUCGACGAUAACGACGAAUUCGUAAGCGUAAUACCAAAAGGUGGUCAUCGCCUUCAAUUGAAAAAAGUGGUCAAAGCUCUUGUUGACAUUGAAGAGGAAAAAGAUAAGAGCGACCUUACCACAAGCAUGACAUUUUCACCAGACAACGCUCUGAAGACUAUACCUUCCAAACCAAUUUCUAAUACCCCCUCCAAACCGAUUGUUAUGCAAACACUUGAUUUCUGUGGCUUUGAAGUUAGAAAUGAAGAAUGUGCGGAAAGUUGUGAACAGAAAACUGGGAAAGAAAAAUGUAAUUACCAGUCAGAUAAGUCUCCUAACAGCGUUGAUACUCUGCCCCAGAACUUACCAUUUCCAGAGAGACUGUCUAUCAAAGUGGAGGCUGCAAUAAAUAAUGGAUCCGUCGCCUCCGAGCGGACCCAGCUUAUUGCUGAUAUUGGCACAUUUUACUUCGGAUUGUCACAUCAUCCAAGACAAGGAGAUUAUAAGAGAAUUGCGAUAUUGGUUUGUGAAAGGUUCCCAGAAUUAAGGGAUUCUAAUCCUUCAAAUUACUGGGUGUCAAUACAAAGGCAGCUAAGUCAAUACUUUCGCAACCUUCGUCGCAGAACUGCCGUGAAAGCAUCAAUAUGUGACAAUACAAAAGAAAGCAGUGCUAAAAAAGCUAAACUU